AUGAGGCCGCCGCGUGUUUUUGGUAACAAGUCACGUCACGGGACCCUUAGGAGUACUUUUGAGCAGAUUCGAGGCGCAGAGAGACUAGGUCAAGCCGGCCACGACCAUGUCUCCCACUCUGGCCAUGGCUCCGUCGCCAGAAGUGCUCUUCCAGCUACGAGCGGCAGAGUCAGCCACCCUAUUGGUUCUUCUCUUGGGCGCUCCGUUGCUCAAAGGACCACCCCACCGCACGCGACGACCAACGGAGUCUCCGAGAUAACGACUGUUGUACGAGCCGUCAAGACCCCCCGACGCCAAUUAGUAGUAUUCCUCCUUAGCUUGGCCGCACUUACUGCCUUCCUCGAUGGCUCAGUAACUGUCGGCCUGGCCGUCAUCAAACAUGUAUUCGAAACCAACCUGCCCCCUUGGAAAGGCACCGAAUUUCACUCUGUGGCUCUGCUCGUAGCCUUUGCCGGGUUUGCUAUCAUUGGCGCUUUCAAGGAGGCGCGAGGCGCUCCGAUCUGGCAAUCCAAACUUCUCAAGCUGUUUGUUUUCGCCGCGCUUGCAUUUGAUGUUGCUCUUGCAAUUCUCAUCCCACUUGUCGUACCCAUCUGGCACAUGUACCCGGACCCGAACCCGCAUGUUCCCAACGGUUCGAUCGACGUACCUGUUGGAGUUACUCCUGCAGUUCAUUUCGGCCUGACCGUGUUCCGCGUGCUCGUUUUGACCGUCCUUUUCCCUACUCUCUUCUUCCCCCGCACCGUUUAUGAACCCGUCGAGCACAGCGCACCCGUCCCUCAAAACGGCGAAACUUCUUUGCUUAUCCCAGCUGCGGCGGCUGCCUCUGCGGAAACUUCCGCCGGACUCGCAGCGCCCAAAGCCAAGUACGGCACAUUCAACGCCACACCUUCAACAGCUCCACCCAGUCGCGCACACACCCCUGCUCCAAGUAUCGGUGGCCCUUCUAGCUCCGCAGAUGCACGUCCUUCGCGAACUGAGCUCACUUGGUCUGAAAUUGGUGGCCGUCUCAAACGAUUGGCUCCUUACCUCUGGCCUCACAAGAGCAUUGCCUUGCAACUUUUGGCUGUUAUUUGCCUGCUUAUUGUUACUGCUGGUCGUGUUAUCAAUGCCGCAAUUCCGUUCAAACUUAGCGAGGUUGUCGAAGCUCUUACUCACAAGGGUGGUCGUCAUACGGUCUGGUCCCCACUCUUGUGGUAUGUCGGCCUCAGGUUCCUUGCUGGUUCUGGCGGAUUGGGUGCACUUCGUGAUCUUCUAUGGGCACCCGUCAUGCAAUUCUCGGACCGGUCCAUGUCCCAGCUUGCUUUCGACCAUUUGCUCAAUCUCUCGCUCGCAUGGCACACUCGUCGCAAGACUGGCGAAGUGCUCAGGAUCCUCGAUCGCGGCGCAGCAAUCAACCACAUCUUUGAACUCUUGGUGUUCAAUGUUCUCCCUACCAUCGCCGAUAUCGCCAUUGCUAUUUGGAUCUUCUUCUAUUUCUUUGGACCCGCUUUGAGUAUCGUCAUUGCUGCUAUCAUGGUUGUCUACGUUGGAGUCAGUGUCCUUCUGACCUCAUGGAGGACUAGGCUGCGCAGGGAGAUGGUUGAUGCUGAUGUGGCUACUCGCGGCAUUCAUACCGACUCGCUCCUAAACUACGAGACUGUCAAGUACUUUGGUGGAGAGGAACAUGAGGGCGAGCGCUAUCGUGAGGCCAUCACUCGGUACCAGAAGUUCGAGAUUCGUGUAAUGGGCUCCUUGAGUCUCAUGAACCUUACUCAGAAUCUCUUGCUCAGUGCUGGUCUUCUGAUCGGCUCGUUGCUUGUCGUUCUCGAUACUACCCAUCCCCAAGAAGACAUUGUGAAGCGGUAUAUUGUCUUUAUUACGUAUCUUGCCCAGCUCUAUGGUCCCUUGAACAGCCUCGCGUAUAUCUACCGCUCGAUCAACCAGAAUCUUAUUGACACUGAGCGUCUUUUGGAUCUCCUCGAUGAGCCGUCUGAGGUGCAAGACAAGCCUGAUGCAAAGGAGCUCAUUGUGACCGAUGGUGUUAUCGAAUUUGGCAAGUACAACGUCACCUUCUCAUAUGACGGUCGCACAACCGCACUCAACGGCGUUUCUUUCACGGUUCAGAAGGGCGGCUCCAUCGCACUCGUUGGCGAAUCUGGCUCAGGCAAGAGCACAAUUUUGAGACUGCUGUACCGCUUCUACGACCUUGCCCCCGGUGAUGGCGCGAUUCGCAUUGAUGGUCAAGAUAUCCGUGAUGUCACUCAGGCAAGCUUGCGUAAGGCGAUCGGCGUCGUUCCCCAAGAUAGCGUGUUGUUCAACAAUACCAUCGCGUACAACAUUGGAUACGGGAAGUUUGGUGCGACUACCGAGGAGAUUGAGAAUGCUGCUCGGGCAGCUCAGGUUCACGAUCGCAUUACUUCGUUCCCCGAUGGCUAUGAGACUGUCGUUGGUGAACGCGGUGUUCGUCUCAGUGGUGGCGAGAAGCAGCGCGUAUCGAUUGCUCGCACGCUCCUGAAGGCUCCGAAGAUUAUCUUGCUCGAUGAGGCUACUUCAGCAUUAGACACUACUACCGAACGCGAUAUUCAAAAGGCACUCCAGAACUUGACUGAUGGACGUUCUACUGUAUCGAUUGCGCAUCGUCUGUCUACCAUUUCCAACUCCGACUUGAUCCUCGUGUUCCACCAGGGAGAAAUUGUCGAGUUCGGAACUCACCGUGAAUUGGUUGAACGCGAUGGUCGUUUUGCCGCGAUGUGGGCUGAUCAAAUCUCUUCUGUCGACGACACCCGUUCGAUUCACGAUAAUGUCAAGCACGAUAAUGAGUCUGAAGUUCCCGGAUACGCAGUUGACGCUCCUUCGCAUUCGAACCAAGAAGCACACAUCCUUCCUGUCCACCCGAUCGAUAGCCCCGGCAACUUGAGCGCCAUCCAAACAGAUGCCGGUCCCGUUGCGCUCGAGCUUGGCCCACAGAUUGUCCCCGUUGAACAACUUGUCGCUGCUGCAGUUACGUCUGAGCACCCCGAACCCAUCAAGCCUGAGGAACAGGAGGCUGGGGAGACUUCGUUCCGAGAAGUUCACCCUGAUGUUUCGUUUGCCGCUGUCGCGUCUGGCGAUGUUCCUGCUCCCAAGGACGAGACUCAUGUCGAUGAUGCUCCCCAACCCGCUGCCGAAGAGUUUGCCCCUGCUGCCUUCCCUAGCACUGAAGAGCCUUCUUCGAUUCCUCCUCCGGCUCCGAUCGUGUUCCCCAAGGGCGAUGACGAAUCUUCUAUCGCUGGCUCUUCUCGUCCCCCGCUCCGUGAGAAUCCUUCUGGUUCUGGCUCUCCUGGCAUUUCGUUUGCUCCUGGCACUGAAGGUGAACGCAUCAAACAUGCUGCUCAACGCUUCCGCAAGAUCUCGCAAGGUGCCGCAGCCAAGAGCACUGCAGGAUUCGCUCAACUCGCUCGUCGCAUCUCCCGCGGUACUCCUGGCCGUCAAGCUAGCAUGAGCAUCCAUCCCGAUGCAGGUACCGAGGACGUUCGUGCUUCGGAAGACCUUCCAAGACCUUCCGACGAUGUCGCUGCUACUCCUGCCGCCGAAUCCCCUGCUUCUACUCCUGCUCCUGUAGCCUUCCCAGGUUCCGAGACUCCUGUUGCUUCCCCAUCUCCAGCUGUUGUCUCCCCCGCUCCCGAGACUGAAGGUGACGCUUCCCCUGCUCUUGAGGCUCCCUCUACUCCUGGAACUCCUGGUAUCAGCUUCGCUGCGGGUACUGAGGGCGAUCGCACUGAGGGAGGUGACCGCAUCAAGCAUGCUGCCCAACGAUUCCGCAAGAUUUCUCAGGGUGCAGCCGUUAAGAGCACUGCAGGAUUUGCCAACCUCGCGCGCCGGAUGACUCUCAACCCCAACCGACAGCCCAGCUCUGGUUCCAUUCCGGGUGUAGCUUCUCCCCCUGCCACCCCUGGUCACUUGCACCGUGAAGGAAGCGGAAGCGUCAGGCAGUCGCUCGAUGCUGGUGAAGCCAGCAGCGUUGCCGACAGCGACAAGAAGAAGAAGAAGGAUAAGAAGGAUAGGCGCAAGAGCACCGCGGCCGACUAA